AUGUCCAACAAAAUCAUCCUCGCCAUCAAUGCUGGCUCCAGCUCUGUCAAAACCUCUGUCUUCUCAUACACAUCUGGUGGAAGGUUGACAGCACCACCUGCGACACUCAAGUACGAUCGGGGAGACAAGCACAUCAAGGAUAAGGAGCUCUCGGAGUCAGACAUCGACCCCAAGAACGCACAAGAAGGAGCAUACGAAUACAUACUCAAGACUCUGACAGAAGACGAGGGUCUGACCGAGCUGAAACAUGCAGACGACAUCGAGUUCGUCUGCCACAGAGUCGUGCAUGGAGGAGACUACGACAAGCCUGUACGGAUGGAUAAGGACACCUACGAGCAUCUCGAAGCGCUGUCCGAUCUUGCUCCCCUGCACAACGCAGGCGCACUAGAGAUCGUGAAAGCUGUACAUGAGAAGUCUCCCAAGGCCACCAAUAUUGCUUUCUUCGACAACGCUUUCCACCAGACACUACCGGCAGCGACAAGGACAUAUGCCAUUGACCAGGACGUAGCUAAAAAGAACAAGCUGCGAAAGUAUGGCUUCCACGGUCUAAGCUACGCCUUCAUCACCAGUGCCGUUGCGUCACAUCUCAACAAGUCCGCGGACGAUUUAAAUAUCAUCGCUCUGCAUCUCGGAAGUGGCGCAAGCGCAUGCUGCAUACAAGGCGGCAAAAGCAUAGAUACGAGCAUGGGCUUGACACCUCUCGCCGGUUUACCAGGCGCGACUCGAUCAGGCUCGCUUGAUCCUUCCCUUAUCUUUCACUUUACUCACGACGCGGGUAAGCUGAGUCACGGCAGCAGCAAAGAUUUGCAUAUCACGACAGCAGAAGAGAUUCUGAACAAGAAGAGUGGUUGGAAGGCUUUGACAGGCACCACGGACUUCGGGGUCAUCUCCAAGAAGGCUUUCGAGGGGGACGAGAAGUGCAAACUGGCAUUCGACAUCUUCAUCAAUCGCAUCACGGACUUUGUGGCUGCGUAUUAUGUCAAGCUGGGUGGCAAGGUUGAUGCGCUUGUGUUCGCUGGUGGUAUCGGUGAGAAGGGAUCACAAUUGCGAGAGGCGGUAGUGGAGAAAGUGGCAUGUCUGGGCUUCGGUCUCGAUGCUGCGAAGAAUGCCAAACCUGGUGAGCAAGUUGUGGUCGAGAUUGGCAAAGAAGGUUUCAACCACAAAGUACUGGUAUGCCAGACAGACGAGCAGACCGAGAUGGCGAGGCAGUGCGCGAUCGGAGCUGAGCAACUGAAGCGGCCAAGCUAA